AGCAGCACUACCCCAUUUUAGUCCAUCCACACGCACACACUCACACGACUUUUCCUAGGUGGUAAAAAAGUGAGUGAAAAUUUUGGAUUUCCACACGCCUAGCACGCUAGCGGUCACAAAGCCUGCGAAAUAGCUGUCACUGCCAUCGCCGCAGCACCUUUCUCCCGCUUCCGGCCAGAAGGACAUGAACGCGACGAACAACAAAAUGUCGGCUACAGAUCAGAUGCGAGCAAUGUUGGACCAAUUGAUGGGCACAACGAGGAAUGGCGACGAGCGCCAGCUGAAAUUCUCAGACACCAGGGUCUGCAAGUCCUUCCUGCUCGACUGCUGUCCGCACGACAUCCUGGCGUCCACGCGCAUGGAUUUGGGUGAGUGUCCCAAAGUGCAUGACCUGGCUUUCCGCGCAGAUUACGAGAGUGCCGCCAAGAGUCGCGACUACUACUACGAUAUUGAGGCCAUGGAACACCUGCAGGCCUUCAUCGCCGACUGUGACCGACGCACAGACUCCGCCAAGCAGCGACUAAAAGAAACCCAGGAGGAGCUGACAGCCGAGGUGGCCGAAAAAGCCAAUGCAGUUCACGGACUGGCUGAGGAGAUUGGCAAAAAGCUGGCCAAGGCCGAGGCUCUCGGUGAGGCUGGUGAAGUAGAGGACAGUAUGGAGCUGAUGAAGGAAAUCGAAGAGCUGCGCGCCAAGAAGGUGAAAGCCGAACACGAGUACCGCACGUCAAUGCCCGCCUCUACAUACCAGCAGCAGAAACUGCGAGUCUGUGAAGUCUGCUCCGCCUAUCUGGGCAUCCACGACAACGACAUCCGACUGGCGGACCACUUUGGUGGUAAGUUGCAUCUGGGGUUCCUCACCAUUCGCGAGAAGCUUAUCGAGCUAGAGAAGACAGCAGCGCCACGCAAAGCGGAACUCAGGCGGACGGGUAAGAUGACCGAUCGCGACGACGAGGGGCGCGGCCGCAAUCGCUACUUUGUAGGUGGCCGCGAACUUGACCGCCGUUCCCGCGUGCAUCGUUCCCGCUCUAGGGAACGCCAGCGAAAUCGAGACACGGAUCGUGAUCGUCCCAACAACGGGCGUGGACCGGAGGAGAAGGGCGACGAGCGACCCAAGGACGUGGAUGAUGGUCCAGAACGAGCAGAACGGCCCGAACGUUCCGAACGAGCUGUAGAACGUGGAGGACGACGAGAGGAUAGGGACAAUCACGGCAGGGAUCAUCGCGAACGAGAGCGCGAUGGCAGAAGGGAUCGAGAGCGUCAUGGACGUAACGACAGAGGUCGCUUUGGCGACAGGGGCGGUGGGGGAGGUGGCCAUCACCGAGAUGAAAGACGACGCUCCCGCUCCAGGGACCGAUCACCACGUGAACGCCGCAACUUUAACCACUUCAGGGAUGGCGGAGGUGGCGGUGGAAAUGGCCAGCGCAGACGCUCCUAUUCCCGCGAGCGCUACUCUCGCCGCUAGGCUAGAAUCCCGCCCAGCGCACGUACGUAGCAUUAAUCACAUCAACUACAACUACAAUGCCACCACAAAUUGAACUACUGAAAACAACAGCAACCGAAUAUUCAUAGCCUAAUCAAUAAAGCAACCCAGAGCCAUACAUUCGACGCUCUAAUGUGCAAAGACAACACCCUUUGUAAAUUUUUAAUGAUUUCGAUUUUUUAUCUUGCGUUCCAACCUCCAAAGAAAGAACGAAAUUCUGUUGCUACCCCCAUUUGUUAACCUAACUCGUCCCAACCCUUAACCCGGAAAACUAGAAAAAAACUACAAGAAAUGAGAAAUAUUCGAUUAUAAUACGGUUGAAAUUUGAUAGACCCCAUCCAGUCCAGAUUAUUUGCUGUAAUGAUACCAAACCGAAAAUAGUUAACCCAACGAACUUGCAGUGUUGCCAGUUGUAGUUCAGUUUAGAAUAACUCGGUCGGGACAAAUCGUCUGUUAAGCUAAAGAAAACUAAAUUAUUGAUACUCAGAGCAGGAGAAUCCUUUAACAUUUGAUAUUUUGUGUGUUGUAUGGCAGCAAGCUACAAGUUGGUAACACUGACUGAAACCGAACCAAAUCCCUGACCACUCGACAAUGUACUCUUCUCAGCUAGCGAUCACGUUCACCCAUUCGAAGUCAACGUUGUGUUGUGCAUCGGUGUCGUCCCGUUUUGGGGUAAGCCUCCACCAUAUAUAACUCUUGACACUCUAUCACUGCUCUGAUCUGAUUUGAUAUGAUAUGAUUUGAUUUGAUUUGAUUACCCCAAAGCGUUCUCGACUUGAAGUUCCGCAAUUUUGCUGCCGCUUAACCUUCUCGCACAGCUUCGGUAUGUAUUGAGUAUGGCGAGGUGACUAUAUCCUUUAUACCAGACAAAUUGUUAGUUGUUUUGGCAGAUAUACAUAUGCGUUUAACAUAGAUAAUCCAGAUAAUAUAGCUUGGGUACGUAUUCAUUCCGGCCGACGUUUCCUUUCGAAUCGUCCUAAGAGAGUAUCGUUUAUGUUUUCGGUUCUGGGUACGUAUUAAUGUUAGAAGAUCACGACUGUGUGGUACGUAUGCAUAUAACGACUAUGAUAUUUCCCCAUAACCAGACCAGGCUUUGUAGGGUACUCGGCGAUCCAGAUCCCAAAGUACGUAUUUCUCCUCUCUAUCUCUUGAAAAUAAUAAAAAAAAAAAAAAAAUACAACCACCACAAUCCAAUAAACCAAAUAAAAAUAUUAAUCUCGUAGCUAUUUAGAGGUAAUCGAAAUCCGUUUCUAACCAAAUCUCUGUUUAUCUUGCCAAAUGGUGUUUAAGCCACCGAAUCGAUGCUGCCGCAUGGGGGCUCAGAUCAGUGUACAUAACAUGCCUAUAUGUGAGUAUUCAGGCCACUAAUCUCUGAUUUCAAUAAAGCAAAUGCCAAAUUUGAUCAUCGAAGACGGUCGAAGUCCCGUUCUUGGCUCGUUUCUUUCGGCAGCCGAGGAUUUAUAGUGGGAAUUGUGAGAGCAGUGAAAAGAGUUGUUUAUGUUUGGCCCUGACAAUGGGUAAGAAUCGAUUGAAAACGCCAUCUGAUUUUCUAACUACCUAUAUAUCUAUUUAACGAUACCUAUUGUUUUAUCUACUUCUAAGUCUAUACACUGUUCCACACACUUUUUAGUUAUAUACAACACACACACACCACACUAAGCGUCAAAAUUAGAACUAAUUUUUAUGGAUCUAAGCAGAAUGUAAUAAAAUUGCACUUGAAAUGUA